AUGGGCAAGGGCUACUCAACCAAAGGCUCCGGCACCAACAACCAGGGCAACCACUACUGCAGCCGCGACUACGGCAACAAUUCCAACUCGUACCACUACUCCAACACCGACGGCUCGUACUACUAUGCCAACCCGGACAGCAGCACGUACUACAACGGCGGCGGCGGCGGCUCGACCUACACGGCGCCCAGCGGCCAGUCGUACUCGUCGGGAUACGGCAACAGCGGCAGCAGCGGCAGCAGCGGCCAGUCGAGCGGCGGCAAGAAGUACUAG